AUUCUACAUGCACAUUGAAGAAAACAAUUUGUAGUCUUCCACAGGAUCUGACAGGUAACGGAUCGUGUGCUUCACUGCUUUAGUUUUGUCAAUUAUUCUUGCAUUUCCUGUCUCUGAAAAAAUAUUCAUUCACAAAGCAAGGUUUCAGUUUGAAAGAGGAAGCAUGGGAUAGGCCUGGAAGCAGUUUAGCGACCGAGAUGAGAAGCACUCCUUAAUCUACUGUAUUUGCAGAAAGCGUGCUUGAUUUCAGCGUUUGUUGCUAACAGCAAUCAUUGAUUAAAUAAUUAAUUGAACAUUAAGCAUUAUGAGAACAAAAAGCUGAUAGAUUAUUAUAUUUCUGUUAGAAAAUCAAAGCCGACUUGUUUAAUCAAGAGGUACAGUACCAACACAAUUAUCUCAGUUUCAUGAUGGUCAAUGUGGUUCUUGAACGAGGUUGAAAAAACACACUGACAUUAAUUCAAACAAACAGUAUAAAGGUAUAUAAAGAACAUGUAGUUAUAAAAAAGGAUAAGUGGGAAGCUUUGCUUUAUGAAAUGAAAACCGACAAUGGAUGAGCGCGAAGGUUUGACCCGAAGAUCAAGUUCAAAAUCUCACCCUUCAACAACGGUUGAUGAUUUAUCAUUACCAUCUCCAAGAACUCCACUGUUCGACAGCGAAACAACAUUUGAGCUUCCGGAGCGCAGCAAUAGCGAGUCCGAUGUGAAAGCCUUGGCAGAGAGCACGGAAUCCACAUUAAAUGUGUGUGGGCGACAGUUUACACUGGGUCAAUGUGGCAAGGUCAAGGUCACAUGGAGGAUAAGAGAAGAUUACGGGGGUGAUGACUGGAUUGGGCUCUUCCCUAUAGCAGUGACUGACAAGUCGAAGUUCUGGGACAGUAAGACACGGGGUGCGAAUGGUGGACAGACGGGCGAACUGCUGUGGGACCUGGACGCUGUCAGCCACUAUUUCACUGAUGCUGAGACAAGGGUCUGUUUCAAGUACUUCAGUGGCACUACAGGGAACCUCGUGGCAACAAGCCCUACCAUUCUCAUCCACAACAACCCUGUAAAUAGUAGCACGGCAACAGCUGGAGCAGCAGUGACCAGUAGUAAGAAUGGAACCGUGCAUGAAAAUAACAACAAAUCAUCAACCAGUCAAUUGGUCCAUCUAGAAUUUUCAGAUAUAGAGUCAGUGAACCUAAAGAAAGGAAUAUUCUUCAACCCCGAUCCAUAUCUGAAGCUCUUGAUACAACCAGGCCGGCUUUGCGGCUACCAGUCUCAUCACGAUCAUGAGUUGAGGACUACAGUUGCCGAGAACACAACAUGUCCGCAAUGGACUGACUCUGAUCUGAGUAUGGAUGUAUUGCCGUCAGACAUUGUAGAGUUUGAAAUCAAGGACAAGUUUGCAAAGAGUCGUCCCAAGUUGAGCCGGUUUCUGGGCAAGGCGUCUAUUGCAGUACAGAGAAUCCUGGAGAAGACUGGUAACGAAGAUGGGCCAGUGUCCCUGUCACUGGAUCUGGGUCGUCGUAAUCCAGCUGAGAGUGUCACAGGCAGUAUGAGGUUCAACGUACGAGUCUCCAAACCUCCACCACAACCUACAAACAAGCCCAUACCAGCAAAAAGGAAAAGACCCAAUGACAUCCGAAAAACCUCGCUACCCGAAUCCAUGGACACGCAUGAAGCUCCAUUCCAUUAUGCGAACAAAAACCACUGUUUUACAGACAGUGCGCUGAGUGAAUUAAAUGGCAUUAUGGGUAAAGACUCAAGUGAAUCACCUGAGUUUGAAAGUGCAGCUACACCUUUGCAAGACUCUGAGAUGCGAAUUUCAGACAAUUUUGAUAAUAAUCAGGAGGAUGAGUUGUUAUCGCCAGCAUUUUCCUCUGUGCCAAAUACCAUCGGUAAAACCAAUAAAGUGGACGUUGUGUCAGGAUUUGAAAAUGGCUGUGAUUGUCGGGAAACAGCGAUAUUUGACGGGUUUGUUCCUGUAUCAAGUACGCGGGAUUACCUUAGUGAUCAGUGUAUUCUAGGCAGUACCGUGGCAGGAUUAGGUCAUUGUUCAUAUAGUUCAAAGAGUGGCUCAGGGUCGCGAAGCGAUGAUAGUGCUUUACCCUCAAGUGCCGAUAAUUCGGACGGUUCAAAUGCAAUGGGAUUGGAAAUGUUAAUAAACAAAAGCAGUGGUUUAGAAACAUGCAUGGAUGCUGGUAACAUUUUGUCAUCAUUAAGUCAAAACAGAGAUUGUGUUACGAAAUCAGGCAGAAAUUUAACAAAGUUUAAUUUUAAUCUAAAUUUUGAUUCAACCCGUUCGUCACCGCCUCAUUUAUCAACACCAACACGCGAGGCCAGUAACAGUUCAGGGUUAGAAUCUAGUAAUAUAUUUCACUUACCGGAUGACGAGGAUGAUGAUGAAGGCUACAACCCAAGACCUCCAGAUUUACCCCCACGCACUUACAAAGCUCCACCUUUACCUCCAAGGCAAAAAUCAAAUGAGGCACCACCUCUCCCACCAAGGGAUAAACCCCAUUUCUCCAUGCAAGCCUCAUCCCACACAGUGACCACGCCCACUUCACCAUCUCGGUCAAUAGAGAGCUUAGAUUUUGUAAAUUUAAAUCCCAUGAUUCCACCCCCAUUACCGCCCAGGACUUAUAGUCCCGUUCACAUGUCACAGGGUGUGGAUCGUGUUGAUCGAGGGGCGGAGUCAGGGAGCGGGGGAUCAAUAUCUCUAUUAUCCACUGAGGGCAGUGACAGUCAAAGCUUUGAUAGUAUGGAGGCAUUUUCAGGGUCAAGGGAAAGCUUGCAGAAUGAUUCUGCAGAAAGGUUACGAUCAGGUGGACUAAGUCAAGACGUUGUGAAGCGUGAACAUAAGAAAUUACACAGACUUUCUCAAGGGAAGUAUCCAAAGAGUCUUUCAGGAGGUGCGGGUGUACAGCAAGGUUUAGGUGCUGAUUUGCUAGAAAGCCAAAGACCAGUGACUCCACCAACUCGGGACUGGAGAAGAUCUGCUGAGAUAUUAUCUCAAGGUCAGGGGGAUAGCAGCGAUUCCCCACCCCCUAUAGUGCAAAGACACAAACAUAAGGAUCAGGAAAGAGAAGCUUCAUUAGAUCCUUUAUUGGUGGCAGACAGGAAUAGAAAUGCGAGCUUUGAGUCUCCUGUAGAUAGGUUACGAUCUUUGAACUUUUCUAAUGAUCCUAAUUCUAGUGAUACUCCAUCAACUGUAGAUAGGUAUCGAACAGUUGACCCAGUUUUGCCAUCUCAUAAUGAAACACCCCCACCUAUAGAACGCCCUCAUCCGGACACACUGUCUUCCCAUAGACCUUUAAAUUUAUCCCAUUCUGUGGGCUGUCAUAGACACAAAGAGCCGCCACCUUUAGUCAAUGAUCGUAGCAAAUCUUUUGAAUUUCCGCCCCCAUUUGACAGACUUCAUUCUGUUGACAGCGUACCUGUAGAUAGAUUACGGAACAAUACAAGUAAUACUCACCCAAACUUUAAUAUGCCUCCCUCUUUACCACCAUGUAUAGCGAGACAGUCACAUGACACAGUGGACAUUACAGUGUCAUCUACUGGCCAAUUAAAAGAUAGUCAAGGUCAAAAUAUUUACAGCCCAGUGUUAGAUCUUCAGCCCCCUAUAUACAGCAGACAGCGUUCGUUUGAUCCACCUAGGUACGUUGAACGACAGCACUCCAGUGACAGUCAAAAUAGUCAGAAAUCCUCAGCCAGUAGUCAUUCAUUGCAGCCUGGUAGUGUAACAACCUCGUCAAUACCUACCAAGCACCCAGUCAGAAGAUCUUUGAGCCCUUCAAUGCGUCAAGGGGACAGAUCAGACCUAGGGGCUGUAGGGGGAGGAGCAUGGGUUUUUACACCAGGUUUUGAGCCCUUAAAGCCUGAAACGCCUCCUAGACCUGGUGUUCUUGGGUCCCAAAGGGAGUUGACCCCUUCACCCCCUGUUGUCCCCCAUAGGGGGCGUGUUUUGAGUGAUGAGGAAAAGCAACAAAAUAGGCAACAAAUUCAUCAGCAUUUAAAACACUGGACUCAGAAACAAAAAGAGCGUGCUAAUUCCAGUUUUGGUAGUAGUGGUACAGGUAGUGAAAAUAGCAGUGAAAUGGAAUUACAUUCACCUACAGUUGAAAAUCGGAAUAUAGCAAACGGGCAUUGUGGCUGGGUGACAUUCGAUGAUCACUCUUCAUUGUCAUCCGAGCGGACUUUAACGAACAGUUUACCCCCUGGAGAGCCCGCAGAGGCUAUGUUAGGUGCAGACAGCGGGGUGGGGCUGACAGGGGCCAGUGCAAUUACGUCAGUGGACGGGGGAUUGGGAAGCACCCAUCCCAGUAACUCUGUGAUAUGGCAGCUGAGGAACGCUGAAGAUGAACACGGUAUGGACUCAGUGGACAGUUUAUCAACUGGAAGUGGCCCCCCUUCCUCCCCUUUACCAACACUUCCAGCAAGAGAGAGACGUUACCAGCCGCUCGAGUCACGCCCUGGGGAUCAACCUCUGCCUCCAGGUUCUGCCGCAGGUUGGGAGGCUCGUGUUGAUUCCCACCAACGAGUGUUCUACAUUGAUCACGUCAACCGCACCACAACCUGGGAGAAACCCCAAAACGGUCAACGUUCAGUCCACCGUCGUCCCACCAUCAGUUCCCAACAGCGCCAGCAGAUGGACCGACGCUACCAAAGCAUACGGCGCACCAUAAGACAAAGAGCUGAGCAGGAGCCAGCUAGCAACUCAGCAGAAAGCACCUCAUCAGGUACAAGUGAUGGAAGUAGCCCCCAGACGUCUGCCCAAACCGUUAUUCCGGCACCGGUCACCAUGCUGGCCACAUCAGAGACAAGAGAGCCCCGCCCUGGGCCCUACCGUCAGCCCCCUGUCAAGUUCAUGAUGCGCCCAGAUUUUUUCCCAAUAUUACAGGCAAAUGAACACGCCAUGGUGGAGUAUAACAGAAACUCAACAUUGAAACAUAUGAUCAACAAGAUCAGGAAGGAUCCUGCAAACUUUGACAGGUACCAGCACAACCGAGACCUGGUAGCGUUCCUGAAUUUGUUUGCAGACACGGGUAAGGAGCUUCCUGAGGGCUGGGAGAUGAAGUUUGACAAAAAUAACUCAAAGCCAUUCUUCAUUGAUCACCACAUGAAGGGUACAUCUUUUAUCGACCCGCGCCUGCCCGCUGAUGUACCACCUGUCAAUCCUGACUUUGUGCAUACCUCCCUGCUCCGAGUGCGACACAGGUCUGGCGGCCAGGAGCACUCCCCCACUAGGAGUGAGGCGCCCACACCGCCUCCCCGCCAGCCGAUCAUAGACCAGUCAUCUCUCCCAACAGCCUACAAUGAUAAGGUGGUGCUUUUUCUACGUCAACCUAACAUCCAAGAGAUCCUGCGAGAGAAAUAUCCAACCUACGCAUCUUCAAGCCCCCUCAAGGACAAGGUGGGGAGGAUCGUGUCCGGGGGAACUGAAGCACUGGAUAGAAUGUCCAAUGACCUGCAGCUUACCAUCAUGCUCAGUGUGUUUGAAAAUGACAUAAUGUCGUUUGUACCACCACACUUGACGCAGGGCAGAUCAGCAUCACCGAUGGAUACCUCCGUCUCCGAGUCUCCCCAUAGCUCACCAAACACCCACGUCCCUGACACAGCGAGGUCCAACGUUCGCGUCCCUGCUCCGUACAAGCGAGACUUUCAUGCCAAACUGCGCAACUUUUACCGUAAACUUGAACUCAAGGGAUAUGGACAGGGACCAGGGAAAAUUAAGUUGAUGGUACGUCGAGACCACGUCCUAGAAGAUGCCUUCAACAAGAUCAUGUCCACCCAGAAAAAGGAGCUACAGAAAAGCAAGCUGUACAUCACGUUCACUGGAGAGGAAGGGCUCGAUUACGGGGGACCAUCAAGGGAGUUUUUCUUCCUCCUCUCUAGAGAGCUCUUCAACCCGUACUAUGGACUGUUUGAGUAUUCUGCCAAUGACACUUACACUGUACAAGUUAGCCCCAUGUCAGCCUUCGUGGAAAACGCUCAUGAAUGGUUUCGUUUUGCUGGCCGUGUGCUGGGCCUCGCCCUCAUCCAUCAGUAUCUUCUAGACGCUUUCUUCACACGGCCUUUCUACAAGUUUCUGCUUAGAGUCCCCUGUUGCUUGCCUGAUGUAGAAGCAAUCGAUGCAGAGUUCCACCAAUCACUGACAUGGAUCAAGGAGAACGACAUAUCAGAACUGGAUAUGGAUCUCUUCUUCUCUGUCAAUGAGGAGGUCUUUGGACAGGUGACUGAGCGUGAGUUGAAGGCUAAUGGAAAGAACAUCCCAGUGACAGAGAAGAACAAGAAGGAAUACAUGGAGAAGAUGGUGAAAUGGCGGCUAGAGCGGGGUGUUACAGAGCAGAUGGAAAGCAUCAUCAAGGGUUUCCAUGAGGUGCUAGAUCCGAGAAUCGUGUCCGUGUUUGAUGCACGUGAGCUGGAGCUAGUCAUUGCUGGAACUGUGGAGAUUGAUAUCAGUGAUUGGAGGAAAAAUACAGAAUACAGAUCUGGUUACCAUGACUUGAGUCAGGUGAUCAUUUGGUUCUGGGAAGCUAUAGAGAAGUUUGACAAUGAGAGAAGACUCCGACUGCUUCAGUUUGUGACGGGGACGUCCAGUAUUCCCUAUGAGGGAUUUGCGGCUCUAAGGGGCAGUAACGGCCCACGCAAGUUCUGUAUUGAAAAGUGGGGGAAAGUCACUAGUCUUCCAAGGGCACACACCUGCUUUAACCGACUAGACUUGCCACCGUACACAACAUUUGAUAUGCUGUUUGAGAAACUGGUCACUGCUGUAGAAGAAACAAGCACUUUUGGCAUUGAGUAAGACCAGUCUACAAUAUUUAUUGGAUUAGUCCAUAACCAGGAUUUGGGGUGGAAUGAGCAUGUUACACGCAGCAUGAGACCAGCCAAUGAUACAAGGGGAUAAAAAAUGAAGAAGACCAGCCCAUACUGGAAAUAGGAAUGUUUCAUUACCACACCGGGGAAACAGCAGGUCACUCACGAUGUGAGACCAGCUUAUAGUAUGUGGCAUACCAAAACAUAAAACCAGUCUAAAAUUUAGUAGAGAAGAAUGUUUCAUUUCUAUAAGGUGAAAUUCAGAGACCAAUUUUCAGUUAAGGAAAGUAUAAGUGACACACCAGAACACAUUAGAAUGACCAGUGUACAUGUAUGACCAGUAUACAUGAUUGACCUAACAAUACCAGUAUAACCAGUGAAUGAAAAAAUUUAAUUCCAGUACAACUCAUCUACUUGAAUCAUUUACCUCUUAAAUAAGACCAGCCUGGACCUGAGAGAAUUUGAAACAGGGAGUGAAGCCUGUCAGACAUUGAGUUAAACUGGUUGAAAAAUAUAGGGGAAUGUGCCAUUAUGAUUUUGAUUCAAAGCAAAUGUACCAUGUGACGCAAAUGUACUCAGUGAUGCCAGGGAAUGAUACAUUGUCAUUCACAGGGAAUUAAUUCAAAAGAAUGGAUCAGUCCACUUCUUAAUGGGGAAAAUCUUACCUGUGUAAAUACAAAAUAUGACUGAAUCAGAAGUCUUACUUUAAGCAGUAUGGAGAGGAUGUGUUCAAGAGUUGUGACCUAUUUUCAAAUGGAAAAAAGCAGAAUGUUUUGAGUUAAAGGAUUUCGGUAUAUGUUAAGUUAGUGGAAUACUCUUGUUAUGUUACUUGUAAGUCAGAUUGUUGUUAUGGACACAUUCAGUAGCGUUUGGUUAAAUCCAGAAUGAAAACCAAUAUUGUUUGAAAAUAAAUAAUACUAUGGUUUGAUAUGAAGCCUAAAUUAAGGGCAGUUCAUGUUUGAAAACUGUAUACAGCUAAUUUCAUAGCUAGGUAUAACAACACCAUAAUAAUUGCCUAAACAAAAAGUAAAUAGAAUUUUAUUGAUAAACGUUGACACUUAUUACAUGUGAUUUAUGUAAGAAAAGAUACCUUUAAGUAUGAAUAAUUGAUUCGUUGCUGACUAUUUAGUUCAUAUUCAUCAUUAAAAAUGGCCUAAAUGUAAUUGUUAAAAAUGGAUUAAAGUGAAAGUACCUGACUUGUGAUCUGCUGUAGUCUCUUAUCAGGAAGGUUGCACAUUGAUGAAACGUUUAAAAUUUAAAUUAUUGAAGAAUAACAAAUCAAUGUAUUGGUGUUUGUUUUUUAAAUGUUUAUACGAUUUGAUUCAUUCAUAAAUUGUAAAUGUAUUAUAACCAUUAUGUCUUUCAUGUAAUUAACAUGGUGCAUGCACACAUAUACUCGUGAAUGCACACAAUCUUGGUCAGCUUGUUAAUAUUCUUCAAAGAUCCAUGGGAAGUGUUUGUAUUCAUAUGAACCUGGAGCCAUGGACCUGUGUACAUGUGUAGAUACAUGUUUAUUUGCAUAUGUGUUCCAAGAGGAUUCUAUGUAAAGACAUCUAUAUAAACAGUAUAUUAAUAUUUAGUUUUUAACAACAUGUAUUUUUAUACAAGAAACUUUUGGAAUAUAAAUAUAACUUCAUAAAUGUUUUGAGAUAAGUUGACAAGUCUCUAUGGCAAUUUGGAACAAUAAUGUUGUGAUUUUACAAUUCUAUUUAAGUUUAAGAACUCUCUACGCUUUGAAUGGCUCAGGACGCAACAGUUUCUGGAUAUGCAUUGUCAUGUUAGGAUGAUUUUUCUUGCCAUUUUUUAUCAUUUAAAGUUCAACAAAAGAAAUUGUUGAUCAUGGAGUUGGUAUUGGCCUAAAUAUUCUUCUGAGUGUUGUGAUAAAUAUAUAUGAUUGGCCUAAAACAGCUAUUAAAUGGUGUGUGUAUUGUCUAUUAAAAGAGUUUUAAUACUAACAUACCAGUUAUAUAUAUAUAUAUAAUUGAUGUAUUUUGUUAAUUCAAACAGUCUUGAGCAUUUGUUUUUGACACUUGAAUGUUAUGGGACUGCAGUAUUUUAAAUGGCAUUACAAUUUAUGAACAUUCGGUGGCUUCUUCAUAAACACUGGACUGUUUUCCUUACUUUGAAUAGAAAUUAGCCCACUUUUAGCUAGCCCUCAGCAUGAUAAACAUGUACAUGUAUGUGUAUAACUUAGUGUCAGUUUGGCAGGGUUGGUUGGCACAAGUAUUUUGUUGUAUGCACGUUUGUAAAAUAUUGAAUAAGGCAUGAUAAUGAUGUACAAUUUUUUAUGACAGUAAUUUAUUAACUGCUUUUGUAUACUUCGUAACUAUGCAGUAUAAUUUUUAGUUUAGCUACGCUUUUUAUGAUUAUUUUUGCUCUGCAUUUAUUGCACAUUUACAUCCUCGUUUUGGAUCAUUUUACAUGUAUAUCUGUUAGCAAACAGCUCCUACUUGGUUGUAGUUUCUUUUACCUUGGAUAUGAUUAUGUUCAUUUGAUUUUCAUGUUUCUGUUUAUUGAAGCAGGAUUUAAAAGGUGGUUUGUAAAAUAGAGGAGUAUGUCAUGCUACUGUACAGCACAUGUUGUACUGCUAUAGAUGUUAGAUAAACACUUGAUCGCUCCUGUUUAGUUAAGCCAUUUGGUAAAUAUUUCUUAGUGUACAGAUUUUAUUUAUACAUGUGAUGACAUGUAUUUAUGUUGUUGUAUUGUUUAAGACACAAUUUAUUGUGGUUAAAAAGAAAAUAAUGAAAACCUA